AUGAAUCUAAGAAGUAAACGAAAGUACAAUGAAAUAAGUCAAGAAAAUAAAAAACGAAAAGUUGAAUCAACAACAGCUAGUAAAAAUUUUAUAUCACUUUUCGAAAAUUUACCAAAUGAAAUAAUCUAUGAAAUAUUUAAUUAUCUUGACAUUUAUGAUAUUUAUUAUGGAUUUUUUAAUCUUACAAAACGAUUUGAUAAUUUAUAUAAUCAUUUAAAUCCUUAUCUUCGAAUUAAUAUCUCAACAAUGUCAAAAACAAAAUUCGAUAAUUAUCAUCAGAAGAUCAUUAUACCUAAUAGACAACGAAUUUCUACUCUUCGUUUAUCAAAUCCAUUUACUACUGCUAUUAUAUUUUCACCACCAAAAAUCAUUUCGAAAUUUAUUCAACUUGAAUCAUUAAAUCUCAAUAAAAUUGAUUCAGCAUAUUUAAAAAAUGUUCUUAAACAUUUAAUUAAUUUACCACAAUUAUCUUCGUUAACAAUUCAUUUAAUUGAUUUUAUUAAAAAUUCAAAUGAAUUUUAUCUUCAAAUAUUUCGUUUACCUAAAUUAAAAUAUUGUAAACUUUAUUUUCAAAUAAUGGCUCAUUUAGAUGUAUCAUCAACAACAACAAAUAUUGUUAGUCCAAUUGAACAUUUUAUUUAUGAACCUUUAUUUCCAAUGGAAUCUUUUGAAAAUCUAUUAUCAUUUCUUCCUCAACUUCGUCGUUUAUCAAUUCAUAAAAUUCAUGAUCUGCAUCAUACACAAACGAAUUUCUCUCAUCUUCGGUUAAAAUCUUUUUCAAAUAUUUCACUUAACCUUUAUUCAAUGAAUUUUGAUCGAUUAGAAGAAAUUAUUAAAAAUUAUUUUUAUUAUAUUGAAGUUUUACAUAUAACAACAUGUGAUGAUCCACAAUUUUUAAAUGCAAAACGAUGGGAAAGAUUAAUUAUAUCGUUUAUGCCAAAUUUACGUGUUUUUGAUAUAAGUCAUACUGGUGUAGCUGAUAAAUAUCAUGAUUUAAUUAAUCAAUUUAAUUCGUCAUUUUGGAUUGAUAAACAAUGGUAUUUUACUCAUGAACAUAUUUCAAAAGAUAAUUCUCAAAAUGGAAUAUUUUAUUCAAUAAAUCCUUAUCGAAGAAAAUGUUAUACAUUAAAUUGGCAAAACAAUGAACAAACUUGUUUAGAUAUCAAAGAAAAUAAUUUUUAUUCAGUUAAACAUGUUUUUAUUGAUGUUAAACAAGUAUCAAAAAAUUGUUCAAAUUAUUUUACAAAUGCUGAUGAAUUAACUAUUAAUAGUUUUGAAAAUGGGUCUCUUAUUUCAAUUUCAACAAUUCUUAAUACAAUUCUUCCAUUACAACAAAUAACUAAAAUAACAAUUGCUCACUGUAUUUUUCCUUUCGAACAAUUCUUACAAUUAUUAUGUGUUUUACCUAAUUUAUAUCAAAUUAAAUAUUAUUUAUCAUUUUUUAUUGGAAUUGAUUCGAAAUUAAUUACAAAAAAGGAAAAUUUUCAACAUUUGUCAAUUCAAAAUAAUAUUAAACGAUUAGAAAUUCUUCCCGAAGGAUGUACAAUAGAACAAUUUCAAUUUAUUCUUUAUUUAUUUCCUCAAUUGCAAUAUCUUCAUGUUGGAAUGGGUAAACAACAAAUUGAAACAUUUAUUCCAUAUUUAUCACCUAAACCUUUUCCACAAACACAUCCACUAUUCUUCUUACGUAUUGGUCAAUUACGGAAAAAAUCUAUUCCACAUUUAAAUCGACUCAUGAAAUUAAAUAAUUUACAUGAUCAUUAUUUAAUUAAAAUUGUGUAUUGUGAUUUAUAUCUAUGGUGGUGA